UCAGAAACGCCCCUAACGAAAAAAGAAAAUCAGUGUCCUAUCCUGUCCAGAUCGCCGGCGCGCAGCCUGGAGGACUCCCCUCCUCCGACCCCGGCGCCGUCGUCACUUCGUCCCUCCCCGCACAAGGAAAAAUCAGAGGCGGAUCUCGAUCGCCCCUACCAGACAGCACUCUUCGCUCGCGGGCAGGUACCAUGCCUUUCGCAAUCAUCUGAGUAGUAGAAUGGCCUCGAAAGCUAUAAGGAGGAGGCCUACCGAGAAAGAAAGAGAGAGACAUAUGGAAACAACAAUGCCGGAAUCUGUCACAGCACCUCUUCUAGGAAAUAGUGCCCAGGGGAAUAAAUCGGAGGGGUAUGAGCCUAUACCGGAUUUCUGGGAUGGAAAAUCACGCGAGUGCCUUCAUUGGGUGCAUAUUGUAUCUACUUUUAUUACUCAGUCUGCAAGAAAGAUAGUAAAUGCUAUUUCGGAGUUUGGUUCGUUCCUAGCAAGGUUCUUUGAUUGCUCCCGUGCUCCCCAAAGUUCACAAAAUGCACAGACAAUGCUAAUUCACCUCAGUCCAUUACAGGAGGAGAGAUUAAAAUUCUUGAGACAAAGAUUAAAUGUGCCAUUUGAUUGUUCCGCUGUCAAGCACCAGGAUGCACUAAAAGAACUUUGGAGAUUGGCUUAUCCUAACCGAGAACUUCCUCCUCUGAAAUCAGAUCUAUGGAAGGAAAUGGGCUGGCAGAACUCUGACCCAGCAACAGAUUUUAGGUCUGGGGGAUUCAUGUCCUUGGAAAAUCUAAUAUAUUUUGCAAGAAAUUACCCAGAUUCCUUUCAUCGGCUAUUACACAAGGCAGAUGGUGAGAGAGCUGAAUGGGAAUAUCCUUUUGCAGUAGCUGGCGUAAAUGUAUCUUAUAUGUUAGGUCAAAUGCUGGAUUUACAAUCAGAAAAUAGGAGGAGCUCAAAAGCAAGAGUUGGCUUUGCUCAACUACUUGAAGAUGACGAGAUGGCUUUCGAUAACCUUUUCUGCCUAGCUUUUCAGAUGCUCGAUGCUCAGUGGCUUGCAAGGAGAGCUAGUUAUAUGGAAUUCAACGAGGUUCUGAAGUCCACACUAGGCCAGUUAGAGCAAGAGCUUACAAUUGGAGGUGUUUCAAGCGUUCAGAAUCUGCCAUCGUUCAGAAUGUUAAGGAGAUAGCAUUAUCUGGUCUUUACCUGAAAGGGGGAAGGUUGCCAAAUAUGCUGCUCAUUCUUUUAUUGUUGUUCAAGAUGGGCCGCCAUGUAAAGAUUACUGGCCAUCACAUAUUCGGUUCAUAUGUGAUACCUUGAAAAGAUACUUGCUCAUAUAGGUUUUGGCAUCAAGCGCUUUGUAAGUGUUUGUGCAGCAAAAGAUACACAUGCAAGUGUUUGUUACAAAAGUUAUCUGCAGGAGUGUUUUAUUCCGGGAACA